AUGGAUUCUUAUGAUAGUACUAUUGAUCCGCAGGAGGUUUUUACAGAAAUGAAUAAUAACGGAACGAUGAACUAUCUCAAGACAAAAGAAAUCAACCUUACCUUACAAACAUUACUCAAAUUCAAACCAAAAUUAAUUAAUAAUACGUUUUUACUCACAGAUGCUAAUUCCUUUCGAAAAGAUCAAUAUAUGCUUUCGCAUGAAGCAAUAUUAGCGUACUUGAAGCAAAAAGGCCUAAAAUUGACAUUAAAUUCAAUAACAGCUGAAUACCCAGAUAAAUAUCCAUUGAUCCCUAAGAAGAGCAUGAUUCCAAUUAAGUUGAAGAUACAAGAAAAUGUCGAUCCAAUUAAAGAACUAAUCAAGAAUCGAAUUAAACCUUCAAAAGCAAAGUUUAAACCUCAACCAGUGCAAACGCCCACAAAUGUAUCUGAUUCUGAUCCAGGACUCGAUCUUUCUGAUUAA